GAGGGGACAAGCCUCUGCUCCUCCCCCUCCAACCGGGUCCCUUCCUGCAGGCGCCAGCCCUGGCGGGCCCCCUCCCCAAGCCUGGUACAGACUCCAGAGAGCAGCACUGCCCCACCCCCAGUGGGGCUGCCCUGGGCCACGUGGCCAUGCAAAUGACCAGCCAGGCUUCCCUGGAGGCCGGGCCUCCCAGGGCCGGCCAGAGCUUCCUGCCUGAGAGAUGACUAAUGCCUCAGGGCUCAUGGGAACAGCCCGCGGCCCCCUGGUGUCAGCAACCUGGCCACAGCCCAGCCCCCCUCCCGCCAUGCCCACCGUGCCCUCCGCGUCCUCCGUGCCCGGCGGGCCACAGAUGGACCCCAUUGGGAACAGCUCCCAGGGCGCCUCCCGCCUCUUCCUCACCACCGCGUUGGCCCGUGGCGUCUCAGGGGUCUUCGUGUGGACUGCCCUGGUGCUCACCUGCCACCAGAUCUACCUGCACCUGCGCUCCUACACGGUUCCCAACGAGCAGCGCUACAUCAUUCGCCUGCUCCUCAUUGUGCCCGUCUACGCCUUCGACUCCUGGCUCAGCCUCCUCCUCCUGGGGGGCCACCAGCACUACAUCUACUUGGACUCAGUGCGUGACUGCUAUGAAGCCUUUGUCAUCUAUAGCUUCCUAAGCCUCUGCUUCCAGUACCUGGGGGGCGAGAGUGCCAUCAUGGCAGAGAUCCGGGGAAAGCCCAUCCGGUCCAGCUGCGUCUAUGGCACCUGCUGCCUGCACGGCAUGUCUUACUCCAUUGGCUUCCUGCGAUUCUGCAAGCAGGCCACACUGCAGUUUUGUAUCGUGAAGCCGGUCAUGGCCUUGGUCACCAUCGUCCUGCAGGCGUUCGGCAAAUACCAUGACGGGGACUUCAACAUCCACAGUGGCUACCUCUACGUCACCCUCAUCUACAAUGUCUCCGUCAGCCUGGCCCUCUACGCCCUGUUCCUUUUCUACUUCGCCACCAGGGAGCUCCUGCAGCCCUUUGAGCCUGUCCUCAAGUUCUUCACCAUCAAGGCGGUCAUCUUCCUCUCUUUCUGGCAGGGGAUGUUGCUGGCCAUCCUGGAGAAGUGUGGGGUCAUCCCUGAGGUCCAGGUCAUCGAUGGGAGCAAGGUCGGGGCUGGCACGCUGGCCGCUGGCUACCAGAAUUUCAUCAUCUGCAUUGAGAUGCUGUUUGCCUCCAUUGCCCUGCGCUAUGCUUUCAGCUGCCAGGUGUACGCAGAGAAGAAAGAGAACUCACCAGCCCCCGAGGCACCCAUGCACAGCAUCUCCAGCGGCCUCAAAGAGACCAUGAGCCCACAGGACAUCGUGCAGGACGCCGUCCACAACUUCUCGCCGACCUACCAGCACUACACCCAGCAGGCCACACACGAGGCCCCGAGCCCCAGCGCUCACCCCAGUGCAGCCAGUGGCCCCGGGGGGAUCCGGAAGAGUCGCAACGUGGAGAAGCGGAUGCUGAUCCCUGCGGAGGAGCUGUAGGAGGGCCACAGGUCACCGGACACCUGGCUGCCACCUGGCUGCCCGGGCCUCUGGCCAAGCACAGAGCCCUCACCCACCAGCCCUGUUGCCAGAGGGGAAGCCUUCUGGGAGCCUUCCUUCCAGGAAUGUGCGGCCACUGUCCAGCCUGCCUCCCCUGUAGGCCCAUGGCUCCAGACGGGACAUCGGAGCUUAUCUGAUGAGCUUGGGACUCGCUGGGCCCCCCUGGCCGUCUGCUCGGGGCUGCUGUGAAGCGGGCGCCAGCAGGAUGGACGGACUCCAGGCUGGGCCUCUGCAGGGAAGGGCGGCCUCCGGAGAGCGAGCAGCCACCCCGCGAUCAUGGGAGCUGUGGGUGCGGACAGGUGGGCCAGUAGGGGCCUCAGCUGGGCCUUACCAGGCCCCCGCGCAGCCCCUCCAGCCAAGGAGACUCCUGAAAGUCCCCACCCGACGUGCGGAUGUGGGUCUGGGAGGUGUCCGGGGCCACCUGCACAGGGACUUCGUCCUGACCAGUCCGCAGGGCACAGGCAGCUCACGGAUGAAUCACACUUAUUUGUACAUAAACACCUGUCUUUUCUAGAGA